UUGAAUGAAACUUAUUUUCUAGUUGGUUUUGUGUCUAAAAGGUUUUGCGGCGUUUACGAUGGCAAACAUUUUUUCGUAUUUUCAUUCAGUUGCGAUUUAACAUUCGAUUUGAUAAAACGUGCUUGUUGUUGUAACGCGAAUAUUUUUGCUUUUAAAUAUUUUCUUUCAAAUUAAAAUUAUUAUAAGAAAAAAUAAAAACAAAUAAAAAUUAUUGUUUGAAAACAAGACGCACCCGGUGUGUGAUAAAAUAAAAAAUUAUUUUAAAAUCUAUUUUGGAAAUUGACCAAUUUUUUGGCAGUGUCUUUAAUUAAUAGUGUUUUUUAACAAGGAAAACAACAAUACUAUAGUUUAGCUUUUUUAGAAUAUAAAAAAGAAUUAUUAAACACAUAAAAAAUUGUUUGUGCAUUGCAAAAAUCAAAUUACAAAUUGCAAGUGUAACGUGUUAAACAAAAAAAUAUCUGAAAUUUUUCUUUAAAUAAAACUAGUGUUAACCACAUUUUUUGAAUACCCAGCAAAACAGUCACUGUUAAAGAAAACUAAAUUCUUGAAUUUGUGUUUUAAAUUAAAAGAAACAUCAAUAUUACAAUUACAUUUCCAAAUAGAGAAGAGUUUCACGUUUUUCAUUAACAUUAACAACAUUUACGUUUUUUGCUUCACCUUAAUUCUUUUUGUAACUUAUUGUCGCUGGUUGGAAUAACAGCAGCAGCGCUAUUUAAAGAUAAAGAGCUGUAAAAUACGCCAGCCACUAGCAAGCAACGCAUUUAUAAUUAGAAUUUAACAAGCAGAACGGAAUAAUACAAGAACAACAACAUCAUCACAUCCUUCUGCAAACAUUUAUUCAUUCAUUCGUUCGUUCGUUCGUUCGUUCCUCAGCUAUUCAUACGUUUAAGGACAUUAAAUAGAAGGGUUAGACUAAAAGGAAACACAGCUAUAACCACUGCUCCAGCCACUAACCAUUAACCAGCUACCAAACCAAACCGACUCCAUAAGCAUCUUUGUGGAGGAGCAAAAACAUACUGAACAUUUAUUUUUUCAAAUACACUCUAGAAAACAAAAACAAAAGAAUAAAUUUGCAUAAUUGAAGCUUAAGAGCGAACGUUUCUAUGUUUCUGUUUGAGAAAUAGAUGAAGUAAAGAGGAAAAAGAAACUAAAUUUGAAAAUAUUUUCACUUAAGGAAGUAGAUUAAUUUUCGAAAAAUAAACAGAUUUUUAUAUGAAUUGUUAUUAAUAAUAACAAUAUUAAAAUACAAGAAGAGAAGUUGUUUCCCAGGAACAUUAAUAUCUUUGCGGUGAUCUUUUCACAUUGAUCAUGCAACAAAUAUUCGAUUUAGACAACACACAUCAAUCAAAUUUGUAUUAUUGUUAAAUUAAAACAACAUACGUUACCAGGAAUCAAAUAAAUAGAUUCUAAGGAAAAAAGCAAUCAUCAGAAACCACCACAAAAAUAAUUAACUAUAAAACAACCGAAAACAAAAGCAAUAUGAGGUUUUUAAUAUUUAUAUUUUUAGCUUUAGUUCUUCAUUUAGCCUGCGGUCAAUAUCAUUCCUCCAGCGCCACCGCAGGCGUUAAUUUCGAAAAUUUAUCUCCUUCACAUGCCGCUGGUGGUGCUCUGGCUCAAUCACAAAGCGAUAACAGACCACGUCAAAGGCGCAUGUAUGCCAUGUGUCCGCCCAAUUUCCAACGUAUUGGUCAGGAAUGUUUCACGUAUCCUCAGCAACACAGUAGCUGGUUGGAGGCUCACUUCUUUUGCAAGGACAAAAAUGCCCGACUGGCAGAACCAGAAAAGUAUACAGAUCGCAAAUUAAGGGAAUUUUUACUUAAAUAUGAUGCAGAAUCAGGAGAUAAAGAUCCCAUUUGGAUUGGUGCAACAUUCGAUGAUAUAAACAAAAUUUGGCAAUGGGGUUUUAGUGCACGUAAUUUGACAUAUAAUGCUUUCAGUAAAAAAUAUUACGAAAAAAAUACAAAUAUGGUCCAACAGUGUGGUGUUUAUGACCCUCAAUUAAGAUACAGAUGGUCGUCACGUACUUGCGUGGAUAAACAUCGUUUUAUAUGCCAACACAAAAUGCCUAAGGUUAGUGAAAAUAAUCGUCAUAAGGUCUAUCAUCGUUGGAAUGAAACAUAUCCCAAUCAGUAUGCCAAUGAAGUGAUUUUGGAAGUCAUCGAUCACAGAGGAAAAGGAAGAUACAACCGUCGUGUCAUAGCCGAAGGCAGCAAUGAGGAAAUGGUAGUACCUACAAGACCACGUAACCGUCAAAAUGGACGCCGUCGCCCACGUCCCACCUCGGCCAGUCUACCACACGAAAACGAUGUCAAUUACCAACCCCAACCAAGUGCUCAUCCUAACGAUAUACAACAAAACUAUAAUCCAACAGCUCAUCCACGAUUCCGUACCACAACUCUUGUUCCCGCCACUUCGACCAACAACAAUGAUAAUGAAAUUCCAGCACCUAAAGAAGUCAUCACUCCCGUACCAGAUAAUGCAGAAAGAAAAUCCCGUAAACGCACCAUGAUGGAUCGUAAAUUGCAAAGACAAAGAGAGAAGGAAUUGAAACGUUUACAACGCAAAAAGGAAAGACAAGAGAAAAUGAGACGCGAAAAGGAAGAACGUAACGCCAGACUACGCUUAGAAAGGGAACAGCAGAGACGCAAAAUGAAGGAGGAGAGACAAAGACUACGCGCCCAAAAGCAAAAGGAAUUGGAAGAAUUGCGUCAAAAAGAAAGUAAUGAUGCUUUAGAGAGACAACAGAGGGAGAAACAACUUCAACAGGACAGACAGGAUAUACAUAGACAGGAAAUCGAGAAUUUACGUCGCCAGAAAGAAUCUGAGGAAAAGAAACAUUUGGAAGACCAAGAAGAGGAACGCAGAAGACAGGCUUAUUUGCAAGAUCUUAAAGAAAAGGAAGAACAAGAAAGAGCCAGAAAAGAGGAAAUACAAAGACUAGAUAGAGAACGUCAAGCAGAAGAAGAAAAGCGAUUGAAAGAGGAACGUAAAAUUUUAGAGGAAAGAAAACGUAAAGAAUACGAAGAGAAAUUAAAACAGGCCGAAAACGAAAGAGCUAGACAACUGGCCGAGGAGCAGGAACGUAAACGUUUACAAGAUGAAGAAAACCGCAGACGACUUGAGGAAGAGGAGAAACAAAGACAAGCCGAACUCAAGAGACAAUUGGAUGAAGAAGAAGAACGUUUAAGAUUACAACGUUUAGAAGAGGAAAGAAUAGCUGAGGAAAAAGAAUUGGCGCGUCUAAGAGAAGAACAAAGAAAACGUGCCGAAAUACAACGCAAACGUGAAGAAGAAAUAGCCCGACUUGAAGCCGAACAAAAACGCAUCGAAGAGGAGGAAGAACGCAUUAAGCAAGAAUUAGAAGAAUCUGAACGUCAGGCCAAAUUGCAGCACGAGGCAGAAAUCAGAAAAGCUGAAGAAGAGGCUCGCCUCAAAGAGGAAGAAAGAAAACACGCCGAAGAACAAGAGGAACGCGAACGUCAGGAGAAAUUAAGACAAGCUAAAUUGAUUGAAGAAUCCCGAAAACUCCAAAACAAAGAUAACCUAUCAACGAAUCUUAAAAACAGAUUGGCCUCACUACCACCAGAGUUGCGUCAAGAAUUUUUGGAAAAACGCAAACAAAGAAAAAGGGAAAAGCUAUUAAGAGAAAAAAUGUUAAGACAACAACAAGCAGAAAGUACGAAUAACGAAGCUUAACUUAAUAAACCAUUUACUAAACCUUUUCGUUCAUACUAGUUAUCUCUCUCUAAUUUUAAACUCUCGCUUACACCAAAAGCAGCAGCAUAAGCAGCUGACAACACAUCAGCAGUAAGGAAGUGCAAUUCUAAAUGCAAAUUUGUACAUUUGUUUACUCUCUUAAUUAAGCAGCCUUUAAGAGAGCUAUAAAAACAAAUAUUUUAUUAAUUUAUAAAGAAAAGAAAGUCUUUAAAAGAGACAAACAAAAGAAAAAAACACAAAAUUAUAUACUCAUUGUUUAAAAUUUUUAAGAAAUUUUUAAAGAAUUCUCUUAAGUGCACUAGUAUUAACACACCCAAAAAACAACAACUACAACAAAUGAAAAUAUGGAAAAUUUUAGCACUUAGCAUUUUUGAUAACAAACUAAAUUUAAUAUUAAUUAAUAAACAAACAAAAUAUGUAUUCGUUUUAAAUGAAAACCAAUUUACAGAGAAAACAAUCAAAAAAACCAAAUGCCAAAACAAUGUGUUAAACAAAUAUGUAAAAUAUUUUACAAAACACACAUGAACUGUAAAUAAACAUAUCCCCUCUUUUUUAUUACUAUUAAAACAAAUAGACGAAAAUGCACAAUUAUUUAAAUAAAUAAUUAAAAUUUCCUAAAACAGAAAAACAAAAAAUACAAAACACAAACUACUUAAAGAAUUCAAAUACAACUGCAGUAUCAAAAAUAUUAAAUCGAAUA